GUUUAUUUUUUAUCUUGCCAAUCAGAAUGUCGUGAUUAGAGGCCUCUAGUCGUGAUCAUCGUAAUUGAUCCUUUGGUAUCUUCAUGUCCGGCGACUAGGGAGCUUGGGUAUCCCGAGGUAGUUUGAUGGCAGAUCAGCAGCGGCUCAACGCAAAAGGCUGGAAACGAUCCAUUCGAACACCAAAACCGGAGCUAAGGUUACGUUACGUCGGUUUUUCUGUUGGUCAUCAGAACAACAAGAGCGGCUUCUUCCUGAAGAAGUUCCCACUCGGAAAGGUUUCUGCCGUCGACACUAUCAAAUUUCUGACCAGAAGGAACGCAAUUGCAUACUACGUCGCGAUGGUUCAGCUGCGUGGCAAGACCGAUAUUGAGAAGCCCAAAGUACUGUCGUUCCUGUCCCUAACCGACAAUGAGCUGCUACCGGCAGUGUGCACCUGGGUCUUUUCCAUCAUACGGACCGGAGGAGCUGGGCAUCAGGAAUGAAAGAAAGAGAAGGAGCCAAGGCCGAACCUUGCCUUGAACCUUGUUAGAUGUCGCCGAGGUCGAGGCCGAGGUGGUUCUGUUCCAUGUAUUGCCAAAGGGAACGUUCAAUCCGGUACAACUUUGGCGACUUCAAGCAUUGCUACUCGAACGAAGAUGAACUAAGUCCAUCCGUUACUUCUGACAGAAGUUCAACUAGCAAACUACUUCAGCUGGUACGGUAGCGUUUGGUUCUCGCGAGAGCAGGAACUGUGCAUUACGAAGUGUAUACGAGUGGAAGAAACUGGAUACCAGCUCAGACGAAACCAAGGAAGUGCUGAAACAAUACUUCAGCCGAGAUUUCAGCUGAUCCGGUGUCGAUAAGGGAGGCCGCAUGUUCAAGAGGAAAUAUUCAAGAAUGCUUGCUGGCACUCAGCCAUAACAGCGGGCACAGUUUUUUUGUCUUUAUCAAAGAGGGUUCCAGCCCGAGGCUGGCUCAUCUCUUAAACUAAAUCAGGUUAAUUUCUCUCUUAAACUGAAUCAGGUUAAUUUAAUCAGGUGGAAGUCAAACGUGUCAUUGCUGCCAUGUCAUUCGGCUUGAAGGUAAUGAUGAAAAAGAGGAGUAACUUGUAUUCUCAUCUCUUAUCUUUCUAAAUCAAACAGAAAAUCGUGAAAAUCAAAUAACCAUGCAUUAAAUAAGAUCCGAAAAAACUUAGUUCAUAAAAUAAUACAAACACUCAGUACAGCCUGUAUAAUAACAACACAUUAAAAAGAAAAUUAUUUAGCCAUUUUUUAGUGGAAUGUUUUCAUUGUCAUUAGACGAGUUUAGCACAAUUCCAUUUAAUUCCACCACCUCGUAAUACUUUUACAUAUACGUAUUUCGACCUCAACUGUAAGGUCGUCUUCAGUGUCUCGUACUUGAUACUCGACAAUGUCGAAAAUGGAAUUGUGCUAAACUCGUCUUUUGACAGUAAACACAUAAAAGUUAAUUUUUGAUUGUUGACUAAAAUUGAAUCAGGAUAGAUUUUAAUUAAACUUAAAAGAAAUUUACAAUAUGAUUUUUUGAUUUACAAUUAAUUUUAUUAACAGGGAAAAAUCGACAUUUCUUGCGAGACGCAAAAAA